UUCGAAUCAAUCACCCAAACAUUCCAUCCGUCACCUACGUCCUAUAUGUAUGUAUAUAUACACGGCGCACCAUGCCACCCUUCAAUUCCCAUCUCACCUCUCCAUCAUCACCAUCAUCAUCCAUCCAUCCAUUCCACAGAGCUAGCUAGCAUCACCCGCAGGCCAUCACGAUUCCUUCCCUACGCUCCCUCAUGGCGGCCACCGGCGCCAGGCAGCAGCAGCAGCCGCAGGCGGCGGCGGCGGAGCCCAAGUUCGAGCUGGCGGAGAAGGCCGGCAGCUACGUGCUCCGCAUCACCCUCCAGGGCUUGAGGAAGGACGACUUCCGGGUGCAGGUGGACCGCGCCGGGAGGCUCACCGUGCGCGGCGCCACCAGGCCGGGCUCCUCCCUCCACAAGGUCUUCCAGCUCCCCGCAGACGCCAGCCUCGACGACAUCGCCGGCCGCUUCCAGGCCGGCGUGCUCACGCUCACCGUGCCCAAGCGCGUCCCGUCGACGAGCGUCGAGGAAGUCAAGAAGAGUACACCCGGCGUGGCCAAGGAGGAGGACGCCGCCAAGACGACGCAGUCCGCAGAGGUCGACGCCGCCAAGAGCAUGCCCGCCAAGCCGACGCCACCGGCAGAGGUUGACGGCGCCAAGAAGAUGGGCAAGGAGGAGGGUGCCGCCAAGCCGACGCCACCGGCAGAGGUCGACGGCGCCAAGAAGAUGUCCAAGGGCAGCGGUGCUGGAAAGAAGGAGACCGACGGCGCCAAGCAGCCGGCUGGCAGGGACGACGGCGGCGAGAAGAAGGAAACCGCCGUUGGCACCAAGCCCAAGGAGAGCACGUUCGGCAGGACGACGCGCCAGGUCGCGGAGCAUGUUCAACGCAUGGAGGAGGACAGCAGACGCAAGGAAAUUGAGCACAAGCCGGCGCCAGCGGCGAAGAAGGAACAGGAACCAAAGCCCAAGGCUCCUCAGGCGGCAGCGACACCCGAGAAGCCGGCACCAAAGCCAACCUCCGGCGAGGUUGGAAAGGAGAGCCUGGCGGAGACGGUGAGGCAGCACGGCGAGGAAGAGAGGGCCAAGGCUGCUGCCGCGGCGACGGUCAUGGAAGCAAAAGCGGAGCGGGCGAAGAAGGCGGUGGCGUCGACGUGCGCGGCCUGGAAGGAGCGCAUCGCCGGGGAGCUCAAGGGGGUGACGGACAUGAAGUGGGCAGACGACGCGGUGGAGAUGGCACGGAAGAACAAGGAGGUUAUCGCCGUCGGGGUUGCCGCCUUCUCCAUCGGCUUCCUUGUCUCCCAGAAGCUCUUCAGGAAGUGAGCAGCGCUGCAUAUGUAACAUGUAAAUAUGCACUGAACAUGUAAAGAUAUGUGUGCAAGUAAAGUGUGUAAACCAAAACCUGGCUGAAGAUUGAUAUGACAAAUUAGUAUGCCUUUCUUUUA